UAAACCAUCAGAGUACAUAAUUUAGCACGCUAGCCCAGUGAUAAUGGCAUUGAGAAUAAUGGUUGCAUAUUAUUUUUUGAUUCAGUUUUAAAGGAGCUAAUAUCAAAUAAAAUAAGUAUGGAAAUGUUUGUUAAACUUUUUGUAUUUGCAAUCUAUACUUUGCAAGUUUUUAAUUUUCCAUUGGCCACUAUAACUGAAAGUUCUUCAAGUUUUGUAACAACCCCGUUAUGCCCAAAUCCUCUUGACAUUGUUAUUGUAAUCGAUUCAUCUGGAAGUGUGCAAAAGGAAUGGAACGAUAUUAUAGACCACGCGCAAUACUUUGCUUCUACAUUUAACGUCAGUGAACAACAUACAAGAAUUGGCAUUGUUGACUUUAGUGCUGUAGCCAAUGUCUACAAAACUGUUGAUAAUGAAAAUACAGAGGAACAAGUUUAUAACGCAUUAGAAAGUUUACGUGCAAGGCCACAAAAUGGGGAAACAUGGCUUAAUCUAGCAUUGCAAAGGACUAUUGAGCUCUUUGGUUCAGCAACCCCUCAAAGAGAAAACGUUAGAAAAAUUAUGGUUCUCUAUACGGAUGGGAAAAUGACAAACAAAGAUGAAGAAUCACUUAGA